AUGAGAACGACACUAGCCAUGAUUUUCUUUUCAAUGUGUGUUCUUUUCACAUGCGAUGUACCGUGGAAUGUUUCUUUAUCUGAUGCUUUUUGUUUCUCCUUCUACGUUUCAUUAUUACAUCACGCACCGAGCUUAGAGUAUUUAUUCGGACGAUUCUCAAAACGAGGAUACAGUGUCAAAGCUACACAGGCACCAUGAAGUACUUGUUCCUCCUCUUCAGCGUCAUCGCUCUCUUCGGACUUGGCGUAAGCGUCCUUGGAGCGACGCUUGGAAUCAGUGAUUCCACCACUUACAGUUCUCUAGUGAAACGUAGCCCUGAGGAUGAGCCUCCGUGUCCACAUGGACACCCAUGUGGACCCCCACCGGGUGGCUUCCAUCAUGGACCACCACCAGGCGGCUUUCCACAUGGACCUCCACCUCCUUCGGAUACAACAAAUAAUGCUGAUUCUCUGAGCGACGAUGCCCAAAGUAAAACCAAACGAUCAGCUGAGAAUUCUCAACCCCCGUCUCCACCUGGCGGUGGUGGCAUGGGCGGUAUGGGGGGUGGUAUGGGAGGUGGUAUGGGGGGAUCCAUGGGAGCAUCCAUGGGAGCACAAGUGGGUGGAUCCGGGGGCGCUGGAGGUGAACCACCCAUGGGAUAAACCAACGUAUAGAUACAUAGGUGUAAAAUAGAUAGGGACAUUGUAGAAUUGGUCGAGGGAUUUUUGUUUGUAGUUUCAGUGAAAAUGUUUAAAUAAAUUUGUUAAUGAAAAAAUGUAA